GGCCCGCGCUCUGAAUGAGGUCUCUCUCUCGGCGGCGGCCGGGCUAGUGCUGUCUGCAGGAGGGAGACCUGAGUUUGGGAUGUGAGAGCCCGAGGUUCCCAGCGGAGCGGAGGGCGAGAUAGACAGGGAAGGACGCGGCCGGGGCAGCCGGAGCAGAGGCGCUCGGAGCAGGGCGGCGGGGGACGGAGAGCCAGGGCGGCGGGCGGGGGAGAGCGCAGCCCCCCGCGCUGACCCGCGGCCGCGCUCCCGGGCCAGCCUCGCUCUCCGCCAGGCCGGGGUCCCCCCGCGCCCAGGCUCCGCCGGGCCCCUGCCCCGGGCCCCCCGCCCGGCCCCUGCCCCGGGCCCCCGCCCGGCCGCCUUCGCUCGGCCCUUGCCCCCGGGAGGGAGCGCGCUGCGGGAGCAUGCGGGGCCUGGCCCGCUGGGCGCUGCUGCUGGCGCUGGCCGGCUGGGGCCGCGCGUUCGUGCCCCUGGCCGACUUCUACCCGUUCGGCUCGGAGGCGGGGGACGCUGUCACCCCGAAGCAGGACGACGGCGGCUCGGGGCUGCUGCCCAUCUCGCUCCCGUUCCCUUUCUUCGGGGCGGGCCACACCGGCCUCUACGUGAACAACAAUGGAAUCAUCUCCUUCCUGAAGGAGGUGUCCCAAUUCACUCCCGUAGCCUUCCCCAUCUCUAGAGACCGCUGCGUGGUGGCUGCUUUCUGGGCUGAUGUGGACAAUCGCCGGGCUGGAGAGGUCUAUUACCGGGAGAGCAAGGAGCAGCCCACCCUGCAGAGAGCCACAGAGGACAUCUGGAGGUACUUCCCGGAGCUCCCCGAUUUCCAAGCCCAGUGGGUUUUUGUGGCUACCUGGCACCGGGUCACCUUUUUUGGAGGGAGCUCAGUUUCUCCGGUGAACACCUUCCAGAUUGUCCUCAUCACGGACGGCAACUUGUCUUUUACCAUAUUCAACUACGAGUCCAUUGUGUGGACCACGGGCAUGCACGCCAGCAGCGGGGGCGACCUGGCAGGGCUGGGAGGCAUUGCCGCACAGGCAGGGUUCAAUGCUGGUGAUGGGAAACGUUACUUCAACAUCCCUGGCUCCCGCACCGAUGACAUCGUCAACGUGGAGAUGACGACAAAUGUGGGUAUCCCCGGGCGAUGGGUGUUCAGAAUCGAUGAUGCCCAGGUGCAAGUGGGGGGCUGCAGCAACACAACUUCUGUGUGUCUGACCCUCCGUCCUUGUCUGAACGGAGGCAAGUGUAUUGACGACUGUAUCACUGGGAACCCCUCCUAUACCUGCUCCUGCCUUGCAGGCUUCACGGGGAAAAAAUGCCACCUGGAUGUGAAUGAAUGUGCCUCCCACCCAUGUCAGAACGGAGGGACCUGCACGCACGGUGUAAACACGUUCAGCUGUCAGUGCCCCCCGGGCUUCAAAGGGCCCACCUGUGGGACAGUACAAUCCCCUUGUGACGCUAAGGCCUGCCAGAAUGGCGGAGAGUGCCGGGCUGCAAACGGGACAGCGGUGUGCGUGUGCCAGCCAGGAUACACGGGAGAGAGCUGCGAAAUCGAUAUAAAUGAGUGUGACUCCGACCCGUGCCUGAAUGGAGGCAAAUGUGUCGACCUGGUGGCUAACUACACCUGCCUGUGCUCGGAGCCCUUCACUGGGCCUCGCUGCGAGUUAGACCAGUCAUCCUGUGAAGCCCGGAGCUGCAGGGACAGGCAGACCUGCAACUACAUCCGCCCUGGGCGCUACAUCUGCACGUGUUCUCCUGGCUACUAUGGCAGCAACUGUCAGUAUGGGGGACCCAGAAUCCCAAGCGCCUGUCUCUCUAACCCAUGCCAGAAUGAGGGCACCUGCCUGGAGACGGACCAGGGCUACAUCUGCGAAUGUCCUGAUGGAUACACGGGCCACAACUGUGCAGAAAAGCUCCCCGAAGACUGCGAGUGCCGCAAUGGGGGGCGAUGCCUGGAUGGGAACUUCACCAUCUGCCACUGCCCCCCGGGAUAUUUCGGACUCCUCUGUGAAUUCGAAGUCACUGCCACACCGUGCAACGUAAACACCCAGUGUCCUGACGGCGGCUACUGCAUGGAGUAUGGCGGGAGUUACCUGUGUGUGUGCCAUACGGACUACGGGACCAACCACUCGCUGCCCUCCCCCUGUGAUUCAGACCCCUGCCUCAACGGGGGCUCCUGCGACGCUCACGACGACUCCUACACGUGCGAGUGUCCGCGAGGCUUCCACGGCAAGCACUGUGAGAAAGUAAGGCCGAGACUGUGCAGCUCCGGGCCCUGCCGGAACGGUGGGACGUGCAAGGAGUCCAACGGCGAGUACCAGUGCAGCUGCCCCUACCGCUUCACGGGGAAGCACUGCGAGAUAGGAAAACCAGACUCCUGCGCCUCCGGCCCGUGCCAGAACGGGGGGACCUGCUUCCACUACAUCGGCAAAUACAAGUGUGACUGUCCGCCGGGGUACUCAGGCCGGCACUGCGAAAUAGCUCCCUCUCCCUGCUUCAUGAGCCCCUGUGAAAAUGGGGCCACCUGCAACGAUCUGGGCACAGACUACUCCUGCCGCUGCCGCGCCGGGUACACCGGGAAGCGCUGCCAGUUGGAGGUGGACUGCGGCCCCCCCAGCUCAGUGAAGAACACCAGAGUGAGAUUCAACUCCACCAAGAUGGGCUCCCUGGCCGAAUACGAGUGCGAGCAGGGCUACGUCCUCAGCUCUGGGAACAACCCCCGGGUGUGCCGGGCCCACGGCCUCUGGAGCGAGCCCCCACAGUGCGACGAAGUCGAUGAGUGCGAAUCUCAGCCCUGCCUGAAUGGAGGCUCCUGCAAGGACCGGAUCGCCGGCUUCCUCUGCGUCUGCGGCUCGGGAUACGCGGGGCCCCACUGCGAGCUGGACAUCGACGAAUGCCAGUCGGAUCCGUGUAAAAACGGGGGGACCUGCAGGGACCUCCCAGCAGCCUUCGUCUGCCGGUGCCCCGACGGCUUUGCCGGGAUCCACUGUGAGAAAGAAGUGGACGCCUGUGACUCGGGUCCCUGCCAGCACGGAGGGGAGUGCGAGAACGACGGCGGCUCUUACCUGUGCGUCUGCCCCGAGGGAUUCUUUGGCUACCACUGCGAGAUCGCGAGUGAUCCGUGCUUCUCCAACCCCUGCGGAGGCCGCGGUUACUGUCUGUCCAGCAACGGGUCCCACAGCUGCACCUGCAAGGUGGGCUACACCGGCAGGAACUGUGCCAAAGAGCUCCUGCCGCCCACAACCCUCAAGGUGGAAAGGGUGGAGGACAGCGGGGUCUCCAUCUCCUGGCGGCCCCCCGAGGACCCGGCGGCCAAGCAGGCCAUCGACGGCUACGCGGUGACCUACACCUCCUUCGACGGCUCCUACCGACGGACAGACUUCGUGGACCGCAGCCACUCGGCCCACCAGCUGCGGGCGCUGGCCGCGGGCAAAGCCUACAACAUCUCCGUCUUCUCGGUCAAGCGCAACGCGAACAACAAGAACGACAUCAGCAGGCCGGUGGUGCUCAUCACCCGCACGCGGCCUCGGCCUGUGCAGGGCUUCGAGAUCACCAACGUGACGGCCUCGUCCAUCACCGUGCAGUGGGCUCUCCACAAGGCCAAGCACGCCACCGUCAGCAAAGUGCGGGUGUCCAUCCGCCGGCCUGGGGACCAGGAGGCCCACGCCGUGGAGCUGGACAGCGCCGCCGACAAGUACACGUUCUGGGACCUGCUGCCCGGAGAGAGGUACAUCAUUCACGUGGCCACCCUCAGCGGGGGCACCGAGGACCAUCCCUCCGAGAGCCUGGCCACGGCCCCUUUCCACGUGUGGACCCGGCCCCUCUCUCCCAGAAACCUGACCGCAGCGAGGGUCACGGCGACUUCGGCCCACAUGGUCUGGGACCAGCCGCCCCCGGGGACCUCGGUGGAGGGCUACAUCAUCAACGUGACCACCAGCCAGAGCGUGAAGAGCCGAUACGUGCCCAAUGGGAAGCUGACUUCCUACACCAUGCGCGAUCUGCAGCCAGGUCAAAGGUAUCGCCUCUCGGUGACCGCCGUGCAGAACACGGAGCAAGGUCAGAUGCACAGCGACCCUGCCCACCUACACAUUGUGACCUCACAGAGGGACGGCUCCUCCGAGAGAAGAUGGAGCCAAGGAGGCCCCCCCAGGGUGCUCCGGAACAGACUGCCCCCCUCCUUCCUACCUGAUCUCCGGCUGCUGGCUGACCGCGAGGCGUCGGAGGAGCCGUCCCAGGCCCCCAGGUUCACCGAGCUGGUGGACGGCAGAGGCAGAAUCAGCGCCAAAUUCAGCAGCAUCAGCGCCCCGAGCAAAUCGGUCACUGUGAGGUCGCAACCAGAGACCCCAGUGAGACUGGAGAACAUGGAAGAAUCCACCAAUCGGAUCAGCCUGGCGCUGCAGCUGCCGGAAGCCGAAAGCAAGCAGGAGGAAGCGGAUGACCGCAGGAACUGCUCCCUAAACCCCUGCCAGAACGGGGGCACGUGUGUGGGCGGGCCCGACUCCUACAGCUGUGACUGCAGCCAGGGCUUCAAAGGCAGACACUGCGAGCUGGCGUGCAAGAAGGUCCCGCACUCCUGCACACGGCUGUACUCGGAGACCAAGUCCUUUCCUGUCUGGGAAGGAGGAAUCUGCCAUUACGUGUACAAGAGAAUCUACAAAGUCCACCCAGACAUCUGCUACAAGGAGAGCUGCGAAGGCACGACUGCCAAGACUCCCAGCAGGAAACAAAGCCACAGUCCGACAGCAAGGAAGCCUUAAGGUCCAGAACAAGUGUAGCUUCACCUUGUCAACUCUGAGGGCUUUUAAAUCCCAGGAAGAUGAGCUCGACUUCACGGGCUGAAGCAGAACCCAGAGAGGAGAGGCACUUUACUAGAAGGGGCCCAGCCCUCGCUCCUCCAGCUCUCUGGGACUCACCGUCAGGCCCAUCACACCAGCCACCUCCUUCCUUGGGGGACGGCCCGAAGCGUCCUCAGUUUUCCUAAUUCCAGACUCAAUCUCUCCCACGUGGCUGCAUUCUGCCCCAAACAGAUCAACCAAAGGUGCUUCGGAACAGUUCUCUACGAUGACUGAAAGCUACCAACGUGGGCGCAUGCAGACCACCAGGAGCGGGACCAGAAGCAGCAGACCUUGGCUCACAAAGUUCCAAGUAGACACGAAUCUUCUGAGACCCAAAACAUCAAAACGAAGAAGAAACGUUCACAGCCUCCAAACGGCAAGAGCAGAAAUGAAUCUUUCCCAAGUCGAAAAGCAACUUCAGGCAUUGUUUAGUGCUACUUAACCCUUUUUGUCCCUAGUCCUAUAAUCUGAAGAGUAUUUUUGUUCAUUGAUAUUUUGCAGGUUAGUAGUCCAUAGUGUGGAUUAGUGCCUUUCGAUAUUUUGAAAGAAGAAAUGUUAAAAACAAUUAACACUAUCUAGCUUAGAAACCUUUCUGUCUCCAACAACUUUAUAUGGGCUUUUGCAUGUGGACAGACUCAUUCCUUAACUGGCAGAUCAGGUACAGCCGUUACGGCCACCCUGGGAUGACGGAACAAAGGUCUGCCCUGUUGCCAUCAAGACAAACUGUUUUAGUCUACUGAGUCAUUAAUCUAAAAUGUUUCAUGUUUGGUCCUUUAUCAGAGAGGACACGUUGUCACUCGUGAGUCCCCCCCCCCCCCCCAAAGCUGCAAAAGCAAUGGAAACCCUGAUACUUACGUUAAAAUCAAUGCAAGCCCCCCAAGGAGACCCCCAAAUCAGGGCAGUCCAGCUCAUCAGCAGUGGAGGGUGGAGGCGGAAACCUGACCUUCAAAUCUGAGCGUUCCAUUGGGGGAGCAGCGAGGCAGCUGGUUGUGUCAGGAUGCAGUCUGCACUACAAAGAUUUCUCUUACCUGUCCGAGGGCGCCGAAGGAAAUCACGACCCAUUCAGAGUGGAAGGCCUUCCUUUUCGCCUGAUGUAGUCAUUUUACAAGAGGAUUUCUUGGAAGGAUUAGAAUUGUGGUUUUUAAAUUAUGAGAAUUAUAUAUGGGUAUGUCUCAGGAAAAGCACACAUACACAUAUUAGCCAUUUUCACAAUGGAAGGACACGCCAAGGAGAUAAACUACAGCAAAUCUAAAAGACUUCCACCAUUCCAAAAACUGUACCAAGUAGCACACGGGAGAUUGGCUUUAAUUUAGGAAAAGUCAGAAAACACAGAGGUGUCUGGAAAAGGGUCUUAAUAUAUAUAACCAUGUGAUUUCUUUUUUCAACAAUGGCAGGCCUCAACAGGAUCACAUGAUGUAACUGGAAAAGCACACGAGGAAAAAAAGGACUUUUAUUAUCAUGUAUCUCAGUGAAUAAGAAAAAAAAUGUUUGACAUAACAAAAUUUCAACUUGGCAAUCCAUGCCAUGUGACCCAUCCCUUUUGUUGUACAAAAAAAUGUAAACAUCUACAGAAAAAGUUUUUCUAAAUAUCAUAUCUUUCAGGUAAAUCCGCCAAGCCACUUUCCCCUCAUGAUUAAUUCUGCCCCUCUCAAUUCUUCUGUGAAAUCCUGGGAAGGCCAUUCGCUGCUUCCCAUCAGCUCACCAGACUGAUGAUACAGGAUCAGGGUUUGCCCACAGAGGAGCAAUCAAUCAAUCCUUCCCCCACCCCAUCUUCUCAAAGGGGCAUAUUCGUCUGGGGUCCAAGUGAAAAGGACCAACUGCCUGUAAACUGGAGAACCCCUAAAGGAUUCCAUUUCAUAUCUGCCUGAUCCAGUGUAGAAACACAUCAUUUGGAGCCCCAAGGACAGAGGCACACAAUUACAAUUCUUGCACAUCUCUGGGACGGAGCAGGGAGCUUGCUGAAAAAUAUCUGCCUCCAUUGUCACAAGUGACUGUUCCUUUCUCAAAGAAAGGGGCUCCCUCUAAGUGAGCUGAAACAGUUUCACUCGUGCCAGGCCAACGUCCCACACCUGGCUCCCCAACAGCCAAUCGAGUCACCCUUGCCCACCCCUAGCCUGGAAUCGCCCCCAGUAAGACGGCAACUGUGGCCACUGUCCAGUGGCAAAGUUCUCCUGGGCUGCUCAUGCUCUCUGACCUAUAUCUCUUUUCUUGAAACAUACAAAUAUCAACUUGAUGGAGAGAACAAGAAUGCUACAGGACUGAAUGCAAAAUUGCACAAAAACGACAAUAUAACACAAAAGCAAAAAAAAAUCUUAUUUCCAAUCCAUCAAUCCAGAAUAUUUAAAAAUACAAUUUAUUUCUUGAAGCAGCUUUUUUGGCUGUGUAAGGGGGAGUCAGCACAUAAGGAAAUCUAAAGAUCAAUCUCAGGAAGUUUACAUUGACAUUUUUCAAUGUAAGUUGUUUAAUAAUAAUUUGUUAGUCAUUCCUCUAUAUCCCAAUAAGGGGGAAAAGUGAGCUCACCACAGAGCAGUAAAUGAUCCUUAAUAAACUAAGCAACAAACCCGAGUAAAAAAUGACAGGAUCACAACCCCCCAUUUUACAGAUAAGGAAACUGAGUGGCUGGACCAGGAUCCGAAGCCGGGUCCUCUAGCUUUCCAGGGCUUUGUGUCCCAGAGCCCAGCCCAGACCCUUAGCAGGAUCUAACACGAGGAUCCCACCCAUGUGGGAUUGAGUCCAUCCUGAGGAGAUACAAUUUUUCUGGGGGGGAUAAAAUGUGGAAGCUUGCUGUGACGGCCGCUACUGAAACCUCAAGG